AUGUCUGGACGAUCAGUCAUUCAAUCAAUCAACUGUGCCUAUGUGCUGAAGCCGCAGUGGAAACUCUGGGCCUCGAAGCUCAGGGGGAACUGGGAUCGGAGCAUCAGAGCUUCCGGGGACCAGGCCGCAGCGAAGAGGUGCUCUGAACCGGGCAGCAGCCCCCUGCCCGCGUCUCCCCUUUCCGUCCUGCCACGCAGGGUGCCGGGAAGGAGCGCUUCUCGUCCUCAGUCACCUCAGGACUGUGCCUGGGCCCUUCCCGCUGCUCACGUUCUCUGCCCUCCCUCGGGGCCACUGCCCCUGCGUCGGCCCGCGAGGCCGGGGAAAGCGGCCGCGACCUCAGCGCUGCAGGCGGUACGGCGCCGGCCGGGCCCGCGGCCGCCCCCGCGGCGGCGCAGGGGCCCCUCCCACCGCCGCGCCGCCGCCGCCGCGCCGCCCCGCCCCCACACACUCCCCGAAGUGCGUCACAGCCACGGAGCCGGGGCCUGUGCCCUCCCCGGGGGCCCCGGACCCCGACACCCCCACGCAGCCCUGUACGUCUCUCCGGGGCCGCGGGCCUGGGCUUCGCGUCCGGCCUCCUCCCCCGGGGCGCCCUCCUGGCCGCCCUUCCCUCCGCAGAGUGCGCGGCUUCCCUCCCAGGAGGCCAGCCACUCACCGCUCGGGGCCCCACGACCCACAGGGCGUGAGGAGGGGGCACAAGGCUUGAGGUCAACUCCGGACCGGGGCCGCGGGAUGCUGAGCCCAGACAAUCCUCGGCUCAAUAAACCUCUCCCAGCAGGCUCUCCUUCCCAGUGUAUAUUGAGGCAGUUAUGGGGAAGCAGAGUGCCUUUCCUGCAUCUGCUGGAAGAUCCUGAGGGCAAAGCAUCCAAGGGAAACUGAAACUACCCCUUCAAGCAGUAAGGAUGGCUCUGAGCCAGACAGCAAGUGCCCAUCAGUGAUUGACUCACAGACACCAUCGCUUUGACUUCCACUGCCUACCUGCACUACUCACCCACCCACCUUUGCCCUCCAUUUUCCUUAAAAACCUGGGAGUAUUUUUAGCACU